UCAGCCUGAAAGAACCGGCUUCCGCGGCGAAUGGUGACCCUUGAAGCACCACAGCUGGUGGUACGGUGUUUUCGGGGUCGCGUGGAGGCCCGUGAAAUUGCUGUUUUUUUUGGGGGAAGAUACGGCGGUGGCAGCGGAGGAGUGGCGGGUUCCAUAAAACCUCGUUGGCCGUCUUUGUGCUCUCUCUUCAGCCAACUCGUUGCAGGGCUGCCGCUGUCUUUCACGAGUGAGGCAUAACCAGACAAAAUGAGUUCCAUGGAAGUCAAGCCGGCCGAGCCUGUUGCCGUUGUCCCGGAGUCGGUCCUCAAGAAGAGGAAUCGAGAUGAAGCCUGGGCUAAAGCUCGGGCUGACGAGCUGCGCGCGAAAAGGACCAAGUACAAGAAGAACAGAGUAGUCAUCUUCAAGCGGGCGGAGCAGUACAUCAAGGAGUACCGUGCCCAGGAAGCCGAUCUUGUCCGUCUGAAGCGGUUGGCGAAGCUCAAGGGUGGGUUCUAUGUUGAGGCGGAACCAAAGGUCAUGUUCAUCAUCAGAAUCAGAGGUAUCAAUGAUUUGCACCCCAAGACGAAGAAGAUUUUGCAGCUUCUCAGGUUGAGGCAGAUCUUCAACGGUGUGUUCUUGAAAGUGAACAAGGCCACCAUCAACAUGAUCCGUAGAGUUGAGCCGUACAUCACCUAUGGGUACCCCAGCCUCAAGAGUGUCAAGGAGCUUAUCUACAAGCGUGGGUACGGGAAGGUCAACAAGAUGAGGAUCCCUUUGACGGACAACGCCAUCAUCGAGAAGGAGCUCGGCAAAUUCGGCAUUAUCUGUAUGGAGGACCUGAUUCACGAGAUCUACACUGCUGGUCCCCACUUCAAGGAGGCGAACAAUUUCCUCUGGCCGUUCAAGCUCAACUGUCCUCUCGGAGGAUUGAAGAAGAAGAGAUUGCAUUAUAUUGAGGGUGGUGAUGCGGGUGACAGGGAGACGAAGAUCAAUGCGCUCAUCCAGAGAAUGAAUUAGGUUUUCUGUUCCUUGGAUCUUUAGGUUUUAAGUGGUGUCGAUAUGGAGAUCACGGUCGGCUGAAAGAUGUGACGCCGUAGGAUGGUAAUGAGGUAUGCGUCCGCGUGUUGAUGUCGGUCUGCUACGCCGAUCAGAUGGGAACAUGCAUAGAGGCGAGAAGAGAGCUUAGCACGGAUUUGUCCGCAAGAAGAAAUGCAGCAGACGCGAUUAUGUCUGAGCAGAGUGUGUCCGAAAACCCCUGGUUUAAGAGCUGUGGUGCAGGGGGCGAUGUUCAUGAAAGGAGAUGUUGGGCUGUAGGGUUAUGGUCCACAUAUCUGAGUGUCGCAGGCUGUACGUGGAUUUUCGGCUAUUGGAUUUUUUCGAUGAAUGUGAACAAUUUCGCUGAGCGGGUCCGGAACGGUCCGCCGAUCUUGUAGAUGACGGCUGUGGAUGAGUUCUCUAGUUCAUGUGUGCGUUUUCGAGAUGACGGAUGUGUCCCUGCUUUUGAUCGACUGUGUGCUCCUUAAUCGAUUCCUUAAUCGACAAUGGAAGGAGUUGUGGAGUGAUGGACAACGCUGUGGUUUGCAAUGGGCGCUCUGUUUUGUUUUAUGUGAUGAACACACAUGCUUCGUGCUUCCUGAAUUGUCGCUAAUCCGAUGUAUUGCUUUCGUCCUGGAUGUGAUCCGUCUUCCUUUUCGAAAAAUCGAGGUGUGGUGUCGGUCAAUUGAUGUUUUAACUGUUUGUGUAAGUGUACGUAGUCAAAUGAAGUUGGUAUGUUUGC